UCGAAACUGACUGCAGAUACUGGUGUAAACAUGUGAGUACAGUGUUUUAUUGGCAUGACGUGAAUUUGCAAAACAGACUUGUACUUGUUAAUGGACAGUAGAUUUCGAGUUCAGUGAUGUGUUUGUUUUGGGAUAAUGAUUAAUUCUUGCACCACACACAAUAGUAUCGCCUCAAUAGCCGUGACAGAGCAUUUAAGAUCUGGACAGGUACGAAGGUAAAAAUGUGCCAUUGACCGAUGAAUUUGUGACAUAAAACUCGAGAAAGAGAGUUCGUCUCUCAUCUAGCGCUACGUCGUCACCGGACUGAUCCGACCCACAUGAAGAACAGAUGUGUUUUACCCCAUCAAAAGAACAGUUUAUAGGUCGUAUACGCUUGUGUUGGUAUAAUCUCUGUGUGACGAUAACGAAGGAAUAGAGACAAUGAUUCGUUUCAUAUUUACAUAAAAUUAGACAUAAAUGAUUUCCAUUAGAAAAGACGGCGGUUGGAGCUGGUUUGUUCUCUUUAGUGUGAUGUGCAGCCAAACCAUUCUGGGAGGAAUUUGUUUCUCAAGUGGACUUUUCUAUGUCAUUUUCAAAGACGCUUUUAAUUCUGAACCUGUGGAAAUAUCAUGGCUUUGUUCCCUUCCGAUGACAUUUUGGUAUACUGCAUGUCCGUUUGGAAGUUUUCUCACUAACAAAUACGGAUGCCGGAAGUGUGCUUUUAUUGGCGGUGUUGUAACAACAGCUGGUCUAACUCUGGGUUACUUUGCGAGUAGUACUGUGUAUCUCUUCGUCUCCCAUGGUUUUCUUACAGGAUUUGGACUAGGUAUAAACUAUACAGCUUGUAUGACAGUGAUGAAUAAAUAUUUUGACAGGUACAAAACCAUAGCAACAGGAAUAGCUUCGAUAGGACAUAAUAUAGGGCUUAUAUUAAAUGCAAAAGGAAUUAACUAUCUACAAGAGUCUUAUGGAUGGAGAGGAAUGACACUGGUUCAAGGUGCAAUAGCUUUCAAUCUUUGCGCGUGCGCAUGUGCAAUGUUUCCACUGAAGUCCAAAGAAAGUUUAAGUAUAGAAAAGAUUCCAGAAAAAAAACCUGUAACUGUUAAAUUGAAAAGGUCAAUCAAUUUAACAUUGUUUAGAAAACUAUCUUUUGUUUCAUUCUGUGCAAGUAAUAUUUUCACAAAUUUAAGUUUAGGUAUAUACAUAUUGCAUUUGCCAUCAUAUUCAAAAGAAGUCGGGUUUGCAGCAAGAAACUUUGGGACUGUGCUAAUGGUAUUUGGGAUAGCCACUAUUCUAGGAAAAGUAAUAUAUAGUUUACUAGGUCAGCAUCCUAGAACGGAUGAAACUAGUCUUUAUGCUGUAUCGCUAACGGCAACAGGAAUAUGCAUAUGUCUUACACCAGUAUUUCUGACUAAGACAGGGAUGCUUACUUUGGCCGGUCUUGUUGGAUUUUUCUACUGCGUAACUGGAGCAUUACUUCAAACAGUCAUUUACAGAAUUGUAGGAUUCGAAAGUUUUGCUGACGGCAUUGGUUUGUCACUUCCUUUCAAGGCAGUUGGAAACAUAAUUGGCGGACCACUGACAGGAUUUUUGUUAACCGUUACGGGAAAGUACACAUAUUCUUUUUACCUGUCUGGCAUAUGUAUGAUCACUGCAUCCGCUUUAAUGUUACUGCCAAUUAUAAGUCACAGACGUCGGGAUAGACGACAAAAGAACACAAAUAUCUACACCAUCUGCGAACUUAACGUACCGAACGAUGAUCAAAAGAUACCGUAUAAGUUAAAUGGAAACGAAAAUGCUGGUGGAAUGAAAAAGAAUUUUGAAUUUUCACUGGAUGCCAAGGAGAGUGAAAGAAUGUUGCAAGAUAGUAACAAUACUGAUGAAAAAUAAGAUGAAAAUUAGAAAGCAAGACGUUAAAUGAAUACUACUACUUUAGGUACUAAAGAUCUGUAUUUCGUGAUAUGAUUUAGUAUAAUUAUAUUAAAAGCAAGAACUUUU